UAGCGUAGUGGUCGAUUUUUGCAGCCUCUAUUUUCUUUGCGGUGUACAGCCGAGUUUCUCGCCGAAUAGAGCAGUGUGCACUGCAGGAAAUUGUUGUGCAUUUGUUGCAAGUGCAGCAACGGUAACGACAUUCGCAAAAGCCAUCGUUAAGCAGAAGCCACAAACAGAAAGGUGGUGAAGAAGUUUCCAGCAACUCCCGGAUCCAUCGGCACUCCCCUUGUCGCGUCGAAAUCUCGUGUGCGUUGUGCAGUAGACUCCCUUCCUUGUGCGAGCAGUUACAUUUCGACCCACUAGGAAAAAAACCACCGUCAUCAUGGAUGAGGAAUACGACGCGAUCGUGCUCGGAACCGGCCUAAAGGAGUGUAUCCUCAGUGGCAUGCUGUCCGUGUCGGGCAAGAAAGUGUUGCACAUCGACCGCAAUAAGUAUUAUGGUGGUGAAUCGGCUUCAAUUACGCCCCUCGAGGAUUUGUUCUCGCGGUUCGCCGUGGACCUCCCGGAGGGAAAGUAUGGUCGCGGUCGGGACUGGAACGUGGAUUUGAUUCCCAAAUUCCUGAUGGCCAACGGGCUGCUGGUGAAGCUGCUAAUACACACGGGUGUGACCCGCUAUUUGGAGUUCAAGUCAGUGGAAGGAAGCUACGUUUACAAAGGUGGCAAAAUCUCCAAAGUUCCGGUCGAUCAAAAGGAGGCUCUUGCGUCGGAUCUGAUGGGGCUGUUUGAGAAACGACGGUUCCGUAACUUCCUGAUCUACGUGCAGGACUUUAUCGCGGACGACCCAAAAACAUGGAAGGACUUUGACCCAUCCACCAAGGACAUGCAGGCCUUGUACGAAAAGUUCGGACUGGAGAAGAGCACUCAAGAUUUCACCGGUCACGCACUGGCCCUGUACCGUGAUGAUUCGUAUCUUACCGAACCGGCCAUCAAAACGAUCAAUCGCAUUAAGCUGUACUCGGACUCGCUGGCACGUUACGGCAAGUCGCCGUAUCUGUACCCAAUGUACGGUUUGGGAGAACUGCCCCAGGGCUUUGCCCGACUGUCGGCUAUAUACGGCGGUACGUACAUGCUAGAUAAACCGAUCGAUGAAAUUGUGUACGACGCCAGCGGAAAAGUAGUUGGCGUACGUUCCGGUGAAGAGGUGGCCAAAUGUAAACAGGUCUACUGCGAUCCCACCUAUGUACCGAACAAGGUACGCAUCUCGGGAAAGGUUAUUCGCUGCAUUUGCUUGCUUGAUCACCCGAUCCCGAAUACGAAGGAUGCCCUUUCGACUCAGAUCAUCAUUCCACAGAUGCAGGUCGACCGCAAGUCAGACAUUUACGUAUCGCUCAUCAGCUCGACACAUCAGGUAUCGGCCAAGGGAUGGUUCAUUGCCAUGGUAUCGACCACCGUGGAAACCGCCAAUCCUGAAGCGGAGAUUAAGCCAGGUCUUGAUCUGCUCGGGCCCGUCGCACAAAAGUUCGUGUCCAUCACGGAUUACUACGAACCGACGGACGAAGGUUUGCAGUCCCAGGUGUUCAUCUCGCAGUCGUACGAUGCAACCACCCACUUUGAGACCACCUGUCUGGAUGUGCUUGACAUUUUCAAGCGCGGCACUGGCGAGGACUUUGACUUUUCCAAAAUCAAGCAGGAACUUGGUGACGAGGAGCAGUAAACUGGCCUGCGCAACCCUGCAGAAGAAUGCCACAGUAUGGAAAUGGGAAAGGGGAGGAAAGCCAGCAAACAAUUAGCUGAGUGUGGAAAGCAUAGAACCUUCAGUUGCACUCGCUGAAGAGAAAUUAAUGAUUGGAGCAAAGGUGCAGUGCCGAUGGAGGCAACAUCUAACCCUAUCAUUUAUCAAUCAUUAUUCCAAUUUAGGGCUUUUUUUGUAAACUUUUAUUUCUUAAUUUGUGCUUCGAACCAUCAUGAGCAAAUGCCGAAAUGUACGUACAGCAGCAGCAGCAGCAGCAGCAGCAUCGGGAUUAGUGAGCAACUGUGGUUCCCAGCUGGAUGUAGAAAAUGAUGAAUGAUGUGAAGAUUAUCAUUACUUUUACUCGUUUGCGCUCCUCAAACGAUUCUAAAUGUGUUCUCCAUUCUCUACUCCUGUCGCUCCCACACCAUUUCGCAAUGUUUCUACCACGAUUCAUAUAUUCGCACUCUCGGGAAAUGAGUAGAAUCACAAUUAAAUUGUUGGUAUCUUCUUGAGAAGUAGAAGUAUCCGCAGAUCCGCGCGUCAAACAUCGUGGAUAAGUGCAUUCUAGGGAACUCGGAAUGUUCGGAGUAAUGGAAAUUACUCUAUUAUACCUUAUCUCUUAUUAUGAAUGAUGAAUAAUCAAUAACAAAUCAGCCAAAAAAGUAUGAAGAAAAAGACAUCUGGAUUACAAUCAGUGUGCGGUAACAUUUGUUGCUGGGUAAGGAAACAAGCGAUGAAUGAAAGAAAUGUUGAUUAAUACACACAUCGAAUCCC